AAACACAAACAAAACGUGUGUGGAACAUUUUUUUUCGACGUUCACAAUUUUGUGCGGAGCUGGGGAGCUGCUGGAGCUGUAAAAAAAAGAGCCAGCGAAAUUCUGUGAAGAAAUUUGUUAUUACAAAAUACUCAAAUAGUGUGUGGUGUAUUUAGUUAUUUGUAUUUGUGUGCAGCGCUGAGUAAAUUGCAAGUGCAAGAACAACAACAACAAUUGCAGCAGCAACGCAAAAAGGAUUGACUAAAAUAUAUUUCUGCAUACGUUUUAACCACGCACUUGUCUUAUCUUUGUGCGUGUGCCCGUGUGUGUGUGUGUGUGUGCGAAUAGAGCACAACAACAGCAACAAGAAGAAGCAGAAGAAGAGACAGCAGCAGCAGCAGCAGCAGCAGCAGCAGCAAGAGGAUGUCCGGUCUGCCACGUCGCAUUAUUAAGGAGACGCAGCGCCUGAUGCUGGAACCGGUGCCGGGCAUCAAUGCGAUACCCGAUGAGAAUAAUGCACGCUAUUUCCAUGUGAUUGUCACCGGUCCGAACGAUUCGCCCUUCGAGGGCGGCAUCUUUAAGCUGGAGCUCUUUCUGCCCGAAGACUAUCCAAUGUCGGCGCCCAAGGUGCGCUUCAUCACAAAGAUCUAUCAUCCGAACAUCGAUCGUUUGGGCCGCAUCUGUCUGGACGUGCUGAAGGACAAGUGGAGUCCGGCCCUCCAAAUACGCACCAUUCUGUUGUCCAUUCAGGCCCUGCUCAGCGCACCCAAUCCCGAUGAUCCGCUGGCCAACGAUGUGGCCGAAUUGUGGAAGGUCAACGAGGCGGAGGCCAUACGCAAUGCCCGCGAAUGGACUCAAAAGUAUGCGGUCGAAGACUGAAGCGCAUUAUGGGGGGAG